GCCCGAUUUGGACAACAUGCAGGAAUCGACGCUGAAGAGGUUCAUACCACAUCCGGCAAGUACAACGACAUUGCGUUGAUCGAGGUGGAUCAACCGUUCAAAUACGAUGAUUACGUGAACGCGGCCUGUUUGUUCACCAGCCUGGAUCUUCAACCUCGGAUUGCUGGUGGCCUCGGUUGGGGUCUUACGGAAGCCGAAACCCGAUCGGACGUGUUGCUCAAGGUGAACCUCACCACGGAACCGCUCAAGCAGUGUGACCAGGAAUACCGCACCGCAAUUGGCCCACAAUCGACCAAACUGGCCAACGGGGUCAUCGCGGCGCAGUACUGCACCAUCGGAUCCCGAAUCGAGACCGGGGCGGCCGCCGGCAGGAGGGCAGACUCGUGCAACGGAGAUUCUGGUGGACCGCUGCACUUCCUAGACGAAGCGGUCAGUCGGUUCUUCCUGGUGGGCGUGACUUCGUUCGGGCUGGGCUGUGGUGAAACUGCCAGCAUCUACACCCGGGUGGCGGCCUACCUGGACUGGCUCGAACCGAUCGUGUGGCCGGACAGUGCCUCGCUGGUGGGGCGAUGAUGGGGGAGGAGGAAGACGGGACAGUUAGGAUGAAUAAAGUAAUUUAAAAAAACGAA